CUAACAGAACAAAACGCGGAAGAUCCCUGGAAAAAGACAGAAGUGAAGAAGUUUAUGACCAGUGAAAGCGAGGCAAAGACUGUAUUAUACAAAAAAACUGCCGAGUAUCUUGAUGGAGGAGUUCAGUGGAAUUUGGAAGGGGAUGCGCCAGAGCCAUUCAAGCCAGUGAUGCAAGUAAAGCCAGUGAUGCCGAUGAUGCAAGUAAAGCCAGAGAUGCCAGUGAAGCCAGUGAUGCCAGUGAAGCCAUUAUUAAGAAAAGAAAUCUCCAAAAUCAAAUUGCAGAGGUCCACUGAACACGACCAGAACGAAGUUCUUCGGGUAUUUGUAAGUGACUUUGCUGGACAGUCAAUCUAUUACGAUACCCAUGGCUGCUUUGUGAAACCGCAUUGCCCUUAUGUUUUGGUUUACGACCUUUCUCUGGAGUUUGAUAAACCCGCCGUUCCCAAAUUUAAAACAAGUAAUGAAGAGGAAGAGAUAGAGAUGAACAAUCCUCAUCUGAAUACCAAUUUAGAUAAUUUUACAUCAUGGUUGAAGUUCCUGCAAGGUUUAGGAGAAUGCCAAGAUCAACAGUUUCCUGAUAAAUCUGGUCACUUUACCACUGCAAAGGGUGAGAACUUUAAACUGCCACCAGUUUUAAUAGCCUUAACUCACAGUGAUGAGGUGAAAGGCAACGACAGCAGAAUAGAUUGUGUACAGAAGAGAAUAAAAAAGGUCUUAUCUGGAGGAAAAUAUGAGAAUGUUGUCCCAGAGUUUUUCGUGAUCGACAAUACAUUGGAAGACGACGACGGAGACGACGUGCGAAAGGUUCGUAGAAAGCUUUUUGACCUCUCGAAUGCAGUCCUUAACCAGGAGAUUUUAAUGCCUGUGAAGUGGCUAAAUUUUGAAGUUGCUCUAAGCCGGAAAGAUUGCAAGUAUAUCCCAGUUGACGAAGCUAAGCAGGAAGCGAAGGCCUGUGGCGUUGGUGAGUUUGAUCAAGCUAUCAAAUUUCUACACCGCCAAGGUGUGGUCGUGCACCACAGUGGAUCCAGCAAGGUUGUAUUGGAUCCUCACUGGUUAAUGAAUCGCUUUACGAAAGUGAUCUCCAUGCCUGGCAGAUUGGAUGCCUUGUCCAGGUACACUCUUGAUGUGUUCAAACAGAAAGGCAUUUUGUUUCGAGAAUAUCUUGAGACGCUGGAAGACGCAAAACUGUUAGAAGAGCUUAUGCAAAAGUUUAAUUUGAUUUGUCUUUGCCAGCAUGAGGAAAAGACUGCUUUUUAUGUCCCUUCAGUUGCCCCAGCUAUGAAACAAGGAAAGGAGUUGGAAGCUAGCAAUGUUCCAUCGCUGUUUGUGAGAUUUCCUCGCAAACUUGUACCGAUGGGCCUGUUUACGAAGCUUCAAGUGAAAUUGAUUUCUGAGUGGGAAAAGCGCUUUCCCAAUCAACAAGCCACGCCUUCCUUCUAUUGCAACUAUUCCUUGCUUCCACUUAUUAUAGACGGCGACGUGUAUGAUGUUUGUUUAAUCGACCUCCACGAGUUCAUUAAGGUUGCCGUUUUUCCCAAACAUGAGGAUGGCAACCAUUUCAAGUUUGCCAGUCAUUUCAAACCCACUCUGAAAAAGUGCUUGGACGACCUUAAAUCUCCAGAUCAACUAUUAUUCAGCAUGACCAGCUAUGACCUCGAAGUGGAAUGUACCUGCUGCUUUGGUAAAGAAGAAAGAAAGUGUUCUCGUCAUCAUGAGAUCCAGUGUCAUUCAGACCGUUGUGGGCACCGCCACUUCUGGAAGCUUAGUGACCUUCAGAGACUAUACAACGAUAAAUCCCCUGCAGUUUGCCGGACGGACGAACGCUCGUCCAAGGUGUUUGACAUAAAGAGUGUAAAAAUUUGGCUCAAUACUGGUAAGUGA